AUGCUGUGCCAGUCGCUGGCUCCAUCACCACCUAAGAUGCUGUGUCAGUCGCUGGCUCCAUCACCACCUAAGAUGCUGUGUCAGUCGCUGGCUCCAUCACCACCUAAGAUGCUGUGUCUGUCGCUGGCUCCAUCACCACCUAAGAUGCUGUGCCAGUCGCUGGAUACAUCAGCACCUGAGAGAUGCUGUGUCGGCCGCUGGCUUCAUCUCAAGAAGUUACUGCUAUACUUUCUGGGCGUGGCUCUUCUGGCCUCCGUGGCCCAGUCUGGUGGACACGGAGGUGGUGGUGGAUACGGAGGCGGAGGACACGGAGGUGGUGGCUACGGAGGAGGAGGAGGACACGGAGGUGGUGGCUACGGAGGCGGAGGACACGGAGGUGGACACGGAGGUGGUGGCUACGGAGGUGGUGGCUACGGAGGUGGUGGCUACGGAGGUGGUGGCUACGGAGGUGGUGGCUACGGAGGUGGUGGCUACGGAGGUGUUGGUGGAACAUCAAACAACAACUUCAACCUCGCAGGCCCUAAAGGUGGUGGAUAUGGUGGCGGCGGAUAUGGUGGCGGUGGAUAUGGUGGCGGUGGAUAUGGUGGCGGCGGCCAUGGCGGUGGUGGCUACGGCGGCGGUGGAUACGGUGGUGGCGGCCAUGGCGGAGGUGGCUAUGGUGGUGGUGGUGGUGGCGGGGCCGGCUAUGGUGGUGGUCAUGGCGGAGGGUACGGGAAGUAA